GGAGGAGGAGGAGGAGGAGAAGAAGAAGGACGGAACCUGCAAGCAAUGGCUGCACGAGGAGCUCCUUGAGGACGGGUUGGGAUGUGACUCUGGUGUCCUUCGCCUAUCAGCCUCAGAGACCCCGGUGGUGUGGCCCGAGGGGCCGGGGGAUGCCAGUUGUGCCUGUCCCUGAUCCCCAGGCCUAUGUCAUGAUGGCCGAAGCCCGGCUUGGGCCGUGGGCCUGGCUUCUGCCGGUCCUGUCUCUCCUGCUACUGCUCUUCCCUGCCACAACCUUGGCCCAGGAGCCCCAAGUUUGUGAAUUGGUCGGGGUCAUCCCUGAAGUCAUGGAAAACUAUUUGCCCAAGGAGGCCAUUGCCAACAUCAGCUUGCCGGCGGGGCAGGUCCUGGUCCUGGACGAAUUCCCCCAGAAGGACAUGUUCAGGGUCGAAGGCCACCAGCUCUUCCUGACCAAGGCCCCGGACUAUGAGGUGACCCAGACUCUGAUGGCCUACCUGUUAUGCAAGAAGGACCAACAUACGGUCUCACGGCUGAACGUGUUAGUGUACGUUCUCAACGAAAAUGACAACAGUCCCGUUUUUCAUGAGCCCCAGCUGACGGUGAACGUGAGCGAGGACACCAAAGUGGGCACUGUGGUCGUCUCAGAGGACCGGCUGCAGGCAGAAGACAAGGACGGGGACACCCUGUUCUACGAACUUUGGGGCCUCAAUCCGGAUGCAAACAAUUACUUCGCCCUGCUGGCAGUGAAUAAUCCGGCCAUAAAGUUGAACCAGACUCUGGACUAUGAGAGAAACAACUCUAUGACGUUCCACCUCAUUGCCCGGGACACGCGGGAUCCGGACGAACCGGGCAGUCACAACGCCACGGCCACGGUCACUGUGAGCAUCCAGCAGGCCGACUUGCGGCCCCCUUGGUUCCUGCCCUGCGCCUUCACUGAUGGCAAAAUCUGCGUCAACACUGGCUACCGAGGGUCCAUCCCCAUCGACGAAAUCAAGACGGAGGCCGUGUCUCUAUACCCCGGGCCCCUCUACGCCAUUGACGGUGACAGGGCCAUCAACGAAGACGUGCAGUACCGAAUUUUAUAUGGAAACACGGAUGACACGUUCAACGUAGACCCCAAGACGGGCAACAUCACAAUGACCAAAGCCGUCCGCACCAACACGACCUUCACCCUGGGCGUCCUGGCCGAACAGGUCAUCAAUAAGCAGCGGUGGAGCACCACGCAAGUGACCCUGCAAGUGGCUGUGGGUAACGACAACCCCCCGGUGUUCCUGGAGAAGCUGUACCGGGGCAUCCUGCCCAGCGGCAGCGGGCCCAACGUUCCCGUCAGGGAUCUGGCAGAUCCCAGGAGCAUUCUCAUCAUCAGGGCCACCGACGACGACUUCCAAAACGGCUACAACCCGGCCAUCCGCUACCGCGUUCUGGGGAACGACCCUUUCGUCGUACUUCAAGGGAUGGUGUUGACCAGCGCCGAGCUGGGGGAAGCGCGGACAUUCUCCAUGAAGGUUGAAGCUCUGGACGAGAUGACGUUCGAUAAAGCUGAGACGGAUCUGGAGGUGACGGUCACAGCUGCCCCAGGUGGGACGACGGUCGUCCCCACCUCGGCCACCAGCGUUACUACCCCGACCCCUGACCCCCGGCCGCCCAGCCCCACCUUGGCCACCAGCGGUACCCCGACCCCAACCCCCGAGACAUCCGGGGCCACCAUCACCACACUGCCCCCCACCACCAUCUUGCCCACAUUGUCCAGAUCUACCACUACCACCACCAUGGCCUCCAUGGCCACUUUGUUGCCCACAUUGCCCGGAUCCACCACUACCACCACCAUGGCCUCCAUGGCCACCUUGUUGCCCACAUUGUCCGGAUCCACCACUACCACCACCAUGACCUCCACCGCCACCUUCAUGCCCACAUUGCCCGGAUCCACCACUUCCACCACCACCACCACCACCCAGACGGGUCCCAACCCCAUGACCCCUCAGACCUCCGGCCCCCCCAAAACCCCCCCAUCCCACAGCCCCCUCCCCACCACCAAGACCAGCCCGGGGGCGAGGACCGUGCCCCCUGUCCCCGGGGGUGCCACCAGCACCGCCCCACCCCCCGUGGGGUCACCGGGAUCUACGACAGGAAGCCCCGAGCCAUCCGCUUCUGCAGUGACAUCGGGGCAGACUAACCGCCCCCUUGAUUCAACAGAGAGGGAGCCCGCCUUGAUCAAGAAGUCCAAGUACACCCAGGACAUGGCGAUCCUUGGCGGGGUCCUGGGGGCCCUCCUCCUCCUCUGCCUGGUGGCCCUCGGGUUCCUGCUCUACAAGGAAUAUGGGUAUCGGUUCCGGACUUAUUUCCUGAAUAACUCGGUGGACAAGGAACCCAAAGGCCUUCACAUCAACCCGAGUUUCCUGGAUGAAGAGUACCCCACCUGGAAGACGCCCCCCACCCCCCAGCUGGAGAAGAAAGCCAUGCCCGUCGCCCUGAACGAGACCCCCUGUGAGAAGGCCAAGAGUGGCCCACCAUCACUGCAACCCCCGGAAGGGGAUGUCCCCCCAGCCCCCUCCAGGGAGGAGGACGCCGAGAGCGACAAGGAGGUGAAAUCCAUCCUGACCAAGGAGAGGAAGCCGGAACAGAACGGCUACAAGGCGGUGUGGUUCGGAGAGGACAUCGGGGCCGAGGUGGACGUGGUGGUCAUCAAUGACCGGGUCGGGGAUGAAGAGGAGGAGGAGGAGGAGGAGGGAGGAGAGGGGGAGAAGCAGCAGGAGGAAGAGGAAGAAAAAACGGCUUCCAUUCAAUUCGUGUCCUUCCGGCCAGCGCGAGACCAGCCUGGCACAGAAUCCAACGUCUCCCACAUCUGAGGGACAACUGAGGCCAGAGGUCAAAGGUCAUCGCGUCUCGGCCACCGUCUGACUGCUCAGAUGGUACCCUCACUCCUAGAGGGCUCCGUGGGAGACACGGAGGGAUUAGGGGGGGUGUCUGCCCCACGUCCAACUAGGAUCUUCCGAAAGGAAUUUGUCAAGUGCUUUCUGUGGGCCAGGCACUGUACUAAGCGCUGGGGUGGAUACAAGAUAAUGGGGUUGG